GGGGCGACAGCGUGUGCAUCACACAGAUUUUGCUUCCUGGGUUGCCUUAACCGUGUUACUUGCAGCCUGCAACAUUGUAGUAUAACAGCUUAGCUUAGUCGCAGCGGUAAAUUUAACGUCGUAUAUGCAUCAGUCGGGUCUUGCAGGUCUGUCAGGCCUGUGCCGAGUCACCGACCAUCUUUAUCUCAGUAAUGGCAGAGCGGCUAAUGAUUCCUCCCAGGUGACUCGGUGCAAGAUAACGUGCAUCGUGAACGUUACUGAGACCAAGAGCCGCUGUCCUCUUCAUCGCGGGGUGGAGUACAUCCACAUCCCUCUGUCCGACUCCCCGGCGUCUCAUCUCAGCGAGCACUUUGACGAGGUGGCGGAUAAAAUACAGGUGACUGCAGAGCACGGUGGCUGCACAUUGGUGCACUGCAACGCCGGUGUGAGCCGCUCCGCCUCCCUGUGCAUCGCCUACCUGAUGAAGCACCGCGGUGACACUCUGCUGGAGGCCCACAGCUGGGUGAGGACCUGUCGACCCGUGGUGAGGCCGAAUAAUGGCUUCUGGAAACAGCUCAUCCGCUAUGAGAUGGAGCUUCGUGGGUGCACCUCUGUCCGAAUGGUCUGCUCCUCCAUGGGAGAGGUACCAGACAUUUAUGAAGAGGAGGCCAGAAACAUGAUGCCAAUGAGAUGAAACCACUGCGCUGCUUUGUUGGGACAUUACUUAACACUAAAAGAAUGUAUGGGCAUUAAUAUUCUGUAUUGUGUGUUGCAUAUACAAUGAAACUGCGGUUUAGUCCUACAUAAAGGCUUAAUGUACUCGCUGAUAAGUUAUUAUGGGCUCCAAUACAUUCCGAAGGAAAAUGUUGUACUAUUUACUCCUUUAGUUAUCUGACAGCUACUAGUUUAUGAUAAAGAUUAUACAUAAAAAUGACAAAAGAAGCAGUGUUUCAGAGUAAAACUAUCCAAUAUUUAACAAAAAAAGAAUUUGAGUUGUUUAUUCUUAUUUUCGUUUUAACUGAGGACCCCUUAGAUUUAUUUUGUGACCCUUUGGAGGUGUCCUGACCCCUAGGUUGGGAACCCCUGGACUAAACUACCUCAGCUAUAACAGUAAAAUUAUACUUUAGCGUUGUUGCAUUAGUAUAAAAUAGUAUUAUCUAUAAAAAUAAAUAUGAAUUUCCUAUAUAGAUCAGCCACGGUUGCCAUUCAGAAAUCCGACUCAUUUGAGGCUUGAUAGUACAAAAAGCGUUUAUUUUAGAAUCAAUACUCAUCUCAAUUGGUUCAGCAGACACACACGUGUGCAAUGAAACACUUAAAUGACAACAAGAUGUUUUUAUUUUUUUAUAUGGACAGCAACUCUUAACACAAACUGUAAUAAAUAUCUAAUAAUUCAGCUAAUAUGUAAAUAAAUAAAAAAAAACAUGCUAGUUUCAUGCUAACUGCUAGACUGUAUCAGAUAAUGACUCAAUGACGCUUUUAAACUAAUUCU